AGGUAGGCUGCCGCUUCUCCCCGACAGACGGAGGGAGCUGCGGGGACCCGGCGCCGAGCCGAGCCCGAGCGGGAGCCCCCCCGCCAGCCGAAACGGGAGCCGCGGGCGGACGGAAGGUGCCGAGUGCGCGGUGGCCGCGGGGCCUGCAGCCCGGAAUCCGUGGGCGGCGGCGGCGAGGGGUCGCGCGCGCCAUGCGCCCAGCCCCGACGGCGCGGACGCCCCCUCGCGCGCCAGCCGCUGGUGGGGCCUGCGAGCCUGGGCCGGGCAUUGCCCCCCGACGGCUACUCUAGGGGGCGCGGGGCCCGGCGGGGGGCGGCCGAGCCAGGCGCCCUCCCCCGGCGCUGAGUCCCCGCGCCCCGGAGGGAUGGGGCGGGCGGCCACCGCCGCCUAAGAUGCCGGCCAUGCGGGGGCUCCUGGCGCCGCAGAACACCUUCCUGGACACCAUCGCCACGCGCUUCGACGGGACGCACAGUAACUUCGUGCUGGGCAACGCCCAGGUGGCAGGGCUUUUCCCUGUGGUCUACUGCUCUGAUGGCUUCUGUGACCUCACGGGCUUCUCCAGGGCUGAGGUCAUGCAGCGGGGCUGUGCCUGCUCCUUCCUCUAUGGACCAGACACCAGUGAGCUGGUCCGCCAACAGAUCCGCAAGGCCCUCGAUGAACACAAAGAAUUCAAGGCUGAACUGAUCCUGUACCGGAAGAGCGGGCUUCCAUUCUGGUGUCUCCUGGAUGUGAUACCUAUAAAAAACGAGAAGGGGGAGGUGGCCCUCUUCCUGGUCUCUCACAAGGACAUCAGCGACACCAAGAACCGAGGAGGCCCUGACAACUGGAAGGAGAGAGUUCCUUUGGAGGGUUUGGGGACAGCAGUGGGGUGGGAUGAGAAACCCUGGCGUGAAGAGCCUAUUUCUCGUCUCCAGACCAGCCAGCCCACCUUGGAGACCUUCCAGGACUUGUUGCACAGACACCCCGAUGCCUUCUACCUGGCGCGUACGGCCAAGUCUCUGCAGGCCCACUGGCAGCUCAUGAAGCAGUAUUACCUACUCGAGGAUCAGACAGCUCCCCCGGCUGUCGUGGGCCGCCGGGGGACCAGGAGUCCACAUUCACACUCCUCUGUUGUUCGUUCAGUGCAGCCGCUGCCUAAGGGGGACCAAGUGCUAAACUUCUCUGACGCAGAGGACCUGAUUGACGACAGUAAGCUCAAACACAGCUUCAGUUGCCGCUGCUGGGCCCAGCCACCCUGCUGCACCCUCUCCUCUGGGGGCCGCUUCAGCUCACUGCCUUCCCCUUUCCCUACCCCAGUCCCAGGGCUAGGCCGGGACAUGCGAGAUGAAGUCCUGGAGCAUGAGCUGACGGUGGCUGACCGGCGCCAGAAACGGGAGAUCCGGCAGCUGGAGCAGGAGCUGCAUAAGUGGCAGGUGCUAGUGGACAGCAUCACAGGCAUGAGCUCUCCAGACUUCGACAGCCAGACUCUGGCAGUGUUGCGGGGCCGCAUGGUGCGCUACCUGAUGCGCUCUCGUGAGAUCACGCUGGGCAGAGCAACCAAGGACAACCAGAUCGACGUGGACCUGUCUCUAGAAGGUCCAGCCUGGAAGAUCUCCCGAAAGCAAGGUGUCAUCAAGCUGAAAAACAAUGGUGACUUCUUCAUUGCCAAUGAGGGCCGGCGGCCCAUCUAUAUUGAUGGCCGGCCUGUGCUGUGUGGCUCCAAGUGGCGGCUUAGCAACAACUCUGUGGUGGAGAUCGCCAGCCUGCGAUUCGUCUUCCUCAUCAACCAGGACCUCAUCGCCCUCAUCCGGGCUGAGGCUGCCAAAAUCACACCACACACCUGUUCGGACAGCUCCACCACCUUCGGGGGAGAGGUCACAAGGUCAGUUGGGCAGCCAUCUCAGCGCGGCCUGCCCUUCCCUCCCGGCUCCCAUCUCCCCAUCUCGUCCACCCACCGCCUGCCGCAGCUUGUCCAGCGUGUCCGCGCUCCUUGUCUCACUGGGCCCCGAGGGGACGGUCACCGCAAUCCUGCCGUGACGUUCAGGGCCCGCUCACCUGGGGCUCAGGUCUGGGGGCGUGGUCUGGGUGCCGUUCCACGCGGGGACAGCAGUUUGGCAGCUGAGGAGGAGGAGGUACAGCCAGGGGACAGCAGAGGACUGGAGGGCUCAUCCGCUGGGGCUGGUGAGACGGUGUGUCCCUGCUCCCCGUCCGUCUCCUUCUCCUCCAGGGUGGACAUGAGAGUGUUGUCACCGCUCAAGGAGCUGAGACUCCCCAGCCCCCAGGUUGUAGCUGAGCUCCCCUCGGAGGCCACGGCUAAAGCGUGGGGCAAACUCCGGGUACAGGGCGAGGCUCUCGUGCAGCCCGGCCAGCUGCAGACACUGGAGGACGCAGCUGAGAACUACCUGGCUGACAGCAACUAUAAAAUGACUGUGUCCUGCAGCCGCGGGGAUGCUGGGUCGGGGAGGGUCUUAGAUUCACACCCCGGGUCUGUGGCCCUGGUGGAGAGGGUCGACAAAGAGGAGAAAAGGUGGCCGAAGCCACAGGGGUGGGCCUGCAUCUGCGUGUUCCCCGCUUUCAGGGUGCCGGCUAGCACACCUGUAUCCUCAGAGCAGCAGACCGGUCCGGUCCUGCUCUCUCAGCCCCCCCUCCCCUCCCCAGGCUGGCUGCAGGAGCUGGCGCGCAGGCUGGAGACCCCCUACUACCUGGUGAGCCAGAGUUCAGAUGGAGGGAACAGCUCGGGCCAGAGUGAAAACUGCAGCAGCAGGAGCGGCAGCGGCAGCGGCGGCGAAGCCAACGGGACCGGGCUGGAGCUUCUGGGUGGCCCGUCCCUGCGCAGCGCCUACAUCACCUCCCUUUACUUCGCGCUCAGCAGUCUUACCAGUGUGGGCUUCGGCAAUGUGUCCGCUAACACAGACACCGAGAAGAUCUUCUCCAUCUGCACCAUGCUUAUUGGAGCCCUGAUGCAUGCAGUGGUGUUUGGGAACGUGACGGCCAUCAUCCAGCGCAUGUAUGCUCGCCGCUUUCUGUACCACAGCCGCACCCGGGACCUGCGAGACUACAUCCGCAUCCACCGCAUCCCCAAGCCCCUCAAGCAGCGCAUGCUUGAGUACUUCCAAGCCACCUGGGCUGUGAACAACGGAAUCGACACCACUGAGCUGCUGCAGAGUCUCCCGGACGAGCUUCGGGCGGACAUCGCCAUGCAUCUGCACAAGGAGGUCCUGCAGCUGCCCCUGUUCGAGGCGGCGAGCCGCGGCUGCCUGCGGGCGCUGUCCCUGGCGCUGAGGCCUGCCUUCUGCACACCCGGCGAGUACCUCAUUCACCAAGGCGAUGCUCUCCAGGCCCUCUACUUUGUCUGCUCGGGUUCCAUGGAGGUCCUUAAAGGUGGCACCGUGCUUGCCAUUCUAGGGAAGGGUGAUCUGAUCGGCUGUGAGCUGCCCCAGCGGGAGCAGGUGGUGAAGGCCAACGCCGACGUGAAGGGGCUGACGUACUGCGUCCUCCAGUGUCUGCAGCUGGCCGGGCUGCACGAGAGCCUCGCCCUGUACCCGGAGUGCCCACGCUUUAGCCGUGGCCUCCGAGGGGAGCUCAGCUACAACCUGGGGGCUGGGGGAGUCUCUGCAGAGGUGGACACCAGCUCCUUGAGCGGUGACAACACUCUCAUGUCCACCCUGGAGGAGAAGGAGACGGACGGGGAGCAGGGACACACCGUCUCACCAGCCCCAGCGGAUGAGCCCUCCAGUCCUCUGCUGUCCCCUGGCUGUACCUCCUCCUCCUCAGCUGCCAAACUGCUCCCGCGUGGAACGGCACCCAGACCACGCCUAGGUGGCAGAGGGCGGCCAAGCAGGGCAGGGGUUCUGAAGCCCGAGGCCGGCCCCUCUGCUCAUCCACGGACCCUCGAUGGGCUGCGGCUGCCCCCCAUGCCAUGGAAUGUACCCCCAGACCUGAGCCCCAGGGUCGUAGAUGGCAUUGAGGAUGGCUGUGGCUCUGACCAGCACAAGUUCUCUUUCCGAGUGGGUCAGUCUGGCCCAGAAUGUAGCAGCAGCCCCUCUCCGGGACAAGAGAGUGGCCUGCUCACCGUCCCUCGGCCCAGUGAGACAAGGAGCGCGGACACGCUGGACAAGCUGCGGCAGGCGGUGGGUGGACGAGAUGGGGAGAUGGGAGCCGGGAGGGAAGGGCAGGCCGCGCUGAGAUGGCUGCCCAACUGACCUUGUGACCUCUCC